AUGUGUCACCUCAUGCAGACGACAUCGACCGCCAUGAACGCCUCAUUCAGCCGUGCCGAUGGGAAGCUCCGCCGUUUCCGCAAUUUGCACGUCUAUAUCAACGCGCUCCCAGACGGGCUCCUCCUUCGUAUUUUCCAGUAUGCGUCCGCCUUUGAGCUUGACGAAAAGCUCAACCUCAUCGAAGUUUGCUGGCGUUGGCGCGAUCUCUGUCUAGCUCAUCCGCAGUUUUGGUCCGAGUUCUACGCCCGUCACCUACCCCGCUAUGCUAUCCCUCGAGCCGUGAGAUAUUCCCGCGACCACCCUCUCACCGUUCUCGUCAACCCGGAUGACGAGAUCAAGUCCAGGAAAGUGAUAUUCGCCAAUAUACAGUCCAUCGAGCGUCUCCGCGUCAUGUUCGCUAUUCCACCAGGCCAGCGGAAGAACGCCUGGCUUGAUAAAACCUGGCCGAUGCUGCGCGAGCUUGAUCUCGCUAUACUGAACAAUACUGUGGACGAUGUCGUUCCGUUAACAGGACGAUUUGACAAGCUGAGGACCUUGACAUUAGAAAACGUCCGGUUCGCUUACUCUCCGCAGAAUUAUCGCAAUCUGCGGACGCUACGAAUAAUGUCAGACUACGCUGACACCGGACACCGACCUUGCGGGCCCAAGGAUGGUCUUCUAACCGAUGCGCUGCGAGGAUCUCCAAACCUGGAAAUCCUCAUGCUGAAGGAUCCCCAAGCAUCCAUCGAUGAAGUCACGCUCCCUCGCGAGGCUGUGAUUCAACCCAUCCACCUCCCUCGACUCCGGUCGCUGCAUCUGAUCAUGUCGACGCAGAAGGCCACCCUACUCAUGCGUCAUCUCCGUACGUCCGCGACCGCGCUGUUAUCCACAGAGAUCCAAACACACCGUUGGCAUUCGGAGCUCGGCGCAGACUACCGUACUUUCGACGAACGACCGAUCCGCGACAUCGACAAGACCCUGAUGCUCGAGCUCCCCGGCCCCGAGUCGUUCCCGAUCCUCGAGCGGCUCCAGUCCAUCAGCAUCCGUGACACCGACUAUCACCGUGUCGCUGGGAGCCUUGAAGCGCUCGACGGCGAAUACAUCUCGUGGAUCACGACGUGGAACCGUUCUGACGCCAGCCUCACCCACUUGGAUAGCGAGGACCACGUCCCCAAGCUCGCGUUUAACAUAGAGUACAAGAACAGCAAGGGGUCGUACUACGACGCGGAUACGCUCACCGCGCCAUCCUUUGACAAUUUCGCUCGCUCGCUCCUGCGCUACCACGCGCCCUUCACCGAGAUACGCGUCCUCCGCCUUGACCAGGUUGCGCAUACCUAUCCUUACAUCCGCCAGCUUGCCCGUGCGGUGCCGCGUGUACGGACGGUGGUACUGCACAAGUGCGAGGCUCAAGCCAAGGUAUUGAAGGCGCUCCUCAGCGGGGGUCCCCUGCCGGAGCUCACGACCCUCGGGCUAGCGAAGUGCACGAUCUCGAAGGCAGACGCUGCCCAACUGGCUGAGAUAUCAGAGGACCUGCGACUGAAGCUGGUCGUGGUGCGGAUCAAGGAGGAUGAUGCAGAUGAGGCAUGGAUUGAGGUCGAGCGCAUUCUGCGACAGGGCGCACUGGAGGUAGAAGUUCGCUACAUGAAGCAGUGGGUGUACGUGGACGAUAACGAGCAUGGAUGGUGGCGGAGGGAACGGCCGUACGCAUAGUCAUUUAUUUCGAAUACCCGUACUGCUCUGGUCCUGCCGAGUACAGGUGAGAAGUUUUACAGUCGGAGGCGACUUGAAG